UUCUCCUUUAUCAAUACAUGUCUCAGCUUUAUCAAUAAAAGCAGAGCUGGGGACAAAGUCUUGUACCCAGAACCUUAAUCUUGGAGGUAUCAGGAGUGAGAGCAGGGAGAGUUAAUGAGUAGCGCUGUUCUUUGAUCCUCUUUACCAUUAGGAUUGAAAAGAACCCAUCCACCAGAUCAGUAUCCCCUGGGAAGUUCUGGAAACCAUGUUGCUCUAUUCCAGUAGAAUACUACCCCCGACACAGCAGCUAUGAUUGCACUAAGCACUUAGCUAAGUUUAUAGUUUACAGUUGUCUGCCGUAACCCAUCUGUUUUUUUCAGGAGUCAAGCAGGUGAACUAAAUGGAGAUGUGAUGGGAACCACCACUUCUGAGUCCUUCACAUCUUAGAAGUUGGUGCUCAGGUCUACAAUUCCACCUGGGUUGCAGUGUGUCUUCUCUUUUAAUAAUUCCUGGGUCAAGACACAGUGAGGGAACCAAUGAGAGCUGCUAAGAGUGUCUGUCCCGACUGUGUACCUGGGAAUCAAGGAAAUCUCUACAGGGUUGCAUGUGUGUAUGGCCCCUGUGAGCUCCUUUCUGUGUCUAAGGCAUCUGUGGAAUUUUUGGUCGAAAUUUAAAAAUGCCUAGAAUGCACAUGGGACAAGAAGCUUGAGGAGAGUCAAAGCUUGCAUGGAACUGCUCAUCCUCCCACGUCGGAUAGGUCAGACUAAGGCUGAGAGGGAGGUGAGAUUCGGAGAAGGGAGACAACUUCCCAACAUCACCGGAGAAGUCAGCAGCAGAGCCAGGACAGGAACCCAGGUCCCCAGACUCCCAAAUCAUUCAUGAGGGCAUCCCUUGUUCCUGGCUGCAUGCUAAACUCUAGCACUAAACUGAUUUCAUCUGCUGCCUGUGGCUAUGGAUUCACGUUGCUGUCCUCUAAAACUAAGGAUGUUACGAAAGUUUGGGGUAUGGGGCUCAACAAAGACUCGCAGCUUGGAUUUCACAGGAGCCGGAAAGAUAAAACGAGGGGAUAUGAGUAUGUUUUGGAGCCCUCGCCCGUCCCACUGCCGCUGGACAGACCUCAGGAGACGAAAGUGCUGCAGGUCUCCUGUGGCAGAGCCCACUCUCUCGUUCUGACAGACAGCGAAGGAGUCUUCAGCAUGGGCAACAAUUCUUAUGGGCAGUGUGGAAGAAAGGUGGUUGAAAACGAAAUUUACAGCGAAAGUCACAAAGUCCAUAGGAUGCAGGACUUCAAUGGACAGGUGGUCCAGGUUGCCUGUGGUCAGGACCAUAGUCUGUUCCUGACAGAUAAAGGAGACGUGUAUUCCUGUGGAUGGGGCGCGGAUGGGCAGACAGGUCUGGGUCACUACGAUAUCACCAGCAUGCCAACCAAGCUGGGUGGAGACCUUGCCGGAGUGAACGUCGUCCAGGUGGCCACCUACGGGGACUGCUGCCUGGCUGUGUCAGCCGAUGGUGGCCUCUUCGGCUGGGGGAACUCUGAGUACCUGCAGCUGGCCUCUGUCACUGACUCCACACAGGUGAACGUCCCCCGGUGCUUGCCCUUCUCAGGAGUGGGCCAGGUGAAGCAGGCUGCGUGUGGGGGGACAGGCUGUGCUGUAUUAAACGGAGAAGGACAUGUUUUCGUCUGGGGCUAUGGAAUUCUUGGGAAAGGACCAAACCUCUUGGAAACUGCUCUUCCAGAGAUGAUUCCACCCACUCUCUUUGGCUUGACGGAGUUCAACCCAGGAGUCCAGGUUUCCCGCAUUCGCUGUGGACUCAGCCACUUUGCUGCCCUGACCAACAGAGGAGAGCUGUUUGUGUGGGGCAAGAACAUCCGAGGGUGCCUGGGAAUUGGUCGCCUGGAAGACCAGUACUUCCCGUGGAGGGUGACGAUGCCUGGGGAGCCCGUGGACGUGGCGUGUGGUGUGGAUCACAUGGUGACUCUGGCCAAGUCCUUCAUCUGAACCUCCUCCCUGACCUGCGCGAGCCCGGCCCCGGCCUCAGGACCACUUGGACUGCUCAGCAGGGGUGGCCGCUGGGGCUCCGGAUGGGGCCCGAGAGGGUCAGGGCCCUCCCUGUGCUGUGCUGCCCUCUCCCGCAGCCCAGGGCAGCGCGACUAGAAGUGCCGGGACGUGGUCCUCACUUUUGCUGAGGGUGAGACUUGCUGUACUUGGCACAGAUGCCGCCAUUAUUGGUCGAGCCCCAGGGCUGUGUGGUAGCCCCGGCAGGGCGAGGAUGGUCUGCUCAUCUCUGCUCCUUCCAGGGAGUGCACGACAGCUUCUGGUGUCACGUCUGGUCUUCAGGAAGCUUAGCUUGCUCAGCCAUCUCUGCUCACUGCCAGGACAUCAGCCGAAACCCUUUGCACUGGGGUUCUCCCUGGAAACGCCGGUGGGCAGCAGCCCGGGACCCUGCGGGCCCACGGCUGUCACCAGCCUUGUAACCAUUCUUACUGCCUGGCUUAGAAGACUUGAGAAGUCCCCUCAGGAAGAAGAUCAAGGCCAAACUCUUGUGGGCUGAGGGCUCUGAGUACAUCCCACGAAAGCUUGGCUGGAGUGCUAGCCUUGGAGAAGGACAAUUCAGAAACGGGGGGAAGAAUUUGUGUUAGUAAUGUAACAUUUUUCUUUAAAAACAUCUUUUAAAAAUCUCUUUUGGAAUAAAGUCUGUUUUCUGCCUUUUCAUUUUUAAGAA